AUGGUCACGAGCCGGCCCCUGGAUCCCUUCCUCAUCGCUCAAACGGGCAUCUUGCAGCGGAACAGCCCUGGAUGUCGAAUACACACCCUAAUGCUUCUAGCCUCUGACCCCGCAAGUCGCCGCUGGCGGCAUUCUGCUCUCUUCGUCUCUGAGGUCAUGGACUGCUCUCACCCACACCACCCUCUCGACAAGUGUCGACAUGGAGUUCCCCUUCUUUUGCUGCUUUUGCUGCCCGGUGGUACGACGGAUCGACUGGCAACUCGUCCACGCCCGGCCACCGCACCCGCAUCCCCCGUCCCAUUCAUUCCCCCUUCUCUCCUCGGACACGACCGACCUCCAAUCAACCUACCCACCACCCCCUUGAAGACUCACUUUGUUGCUAAUGCAUCCAGAGCCUCAAUGAACCUUUUUCUUAAACCAUCGACCCAAACGGCGUCGUCUCCCCGUCGUUCACGGUCCCCGUCCGUCCGUACGCCGUCCGCUAUCAUCCCGGCAAUGGCUUUCGCAUCGUCGCCCGUUGACUCGCCGUCGUCCUCCUUCUUCGCCGCCGCCGCUGCCGCCCCGGACCUCGACGGCCUCGCUCAGGCGCCAGCGUCCGUCGCUCGCGCCAUCCUCGUGGCUCUCUGCGAUGACCGACGGGUUCGAGCCCAGGCGUUGAGGCAGCUUGAGCGGCUGCUGCGCUUUGAGGCCGAUGUCCGCGAGGAAGAGGAGGAGGAUGGUGUCAAGAGGAGCCCCAAUUCCGUCUCAAGUCCAUCAAAUCCAAAAAAGAGAAAGGCAACCGGCGAGCCCAAAAUCUGUGUUCAGUGCGACGGCAUCUUCACGGCCGACGAGAACAGCUUUGGUUCAUGUUGGUACCACUCAGGCGAGCUGGAGCUUUGGGAUGAGACGCAAAUACCACCAACAAUCUGGGACGACGUAUCGUCAGACGAGCUGGACACAGAUUCCAAUCGCCUAGAGUAUCCCGCAGCGUUCCGAUGGUGCUGCUGCCAGAGGCUAGGCGACAGGCAAGGCUGCGUGCGCGGCACACACGAAGCCAACCCGGAUAGGAGCAAAAAGGGCCGCGGCAACGAGCUGUCCGAUCUCGAAGACGAUCCGCUGGAGCUUGACGACGCCUCCUCGCAGGAGUUGGGACCGCCGCCGCAUCAGCAGCACUACACGAUCUCGAGCUCACCGACGGACGCUGGCCACAAGGCGACGACGGCAACGAUGACUAAACGAACUCGCUUCCUGGGUUCCCCUCCUUUCGGCCUUCCGGACGAGACUGGUUUUGGUAGACCGGUCAAGGAAAUGAUUACGGUUUCGGUCAAUCGGAUGGGCUCCCGGCCUCCCGACCGAUGGUGGUCGGGAGUCAAAGCGGCAAUCGGGCACAAGUUCGAAAAAACCGGAGCAGAGCGGAGCGAAGCAAAGCAAAGCAUUUUCCUGGGAGAAGGGGGAGGCAUAGCAUUUGGCAACGAGCAAGCAACAUUGAAAUUGGUCGGACAAGAAAUUGGAGGGGGCGACACUACUGCUGGCAUCUCGUUGCCUCGCAUGAGGGGAUCCUCGUACAUCAAAGACAUCACGAAUAAUGGAGGCAGACCCCCAAUGAAGGCAGCAUUCCCAGGAUCGAGAUGGCUCGCAUUUUCGCCUCAUAGGACUGGCGGUGGCGGAAUUCGCAUGGUUCGCCGACGACGACAACGAUGGGGUGGUGAGACGAACCGGAAGCGUCCUGCCCAUAGCGGUCCGAUAUCAUCUGCAGCAAGCGCUCAAAUCUGCAAGGGACACCAGAAGCGGCCUAGCAAUCCCGCUCCAGGGAAUAUAAAGCUUGCCAGCCAGCAGCGCAAGUACGGAGUACACACGCCAGACCGAAUGAACCAACGCACCACCUACAGGCUACUUGCCUUUCGUCAGCUAGCCAGCCGCUGGACCGUCUCUGGGGCCAUGGGUAAAUGCCCUGUACUCUGGACUCUAGAGACUGAAGAGCCGGAUGACCCUUACCAUCCGAGAUUCCCCGGCAAACCCUGA